UGCACUUUACGUUCAUGUUAUUUAAGGCAGGAAUGGCGAAAAGGUAUAGUGGAAGGCGAAAAAGUGGCAAUAUAUCCAAUUUUAGAAUGGAUUUUCAAUAACUGUGAGAAAUUGAAAGAACGAGCCUAUCUUGCUAAAUAUUUAGUCAAAACCGAUAUUCCCGGGGAAUUCCAAGAUGUGGAAACAGCUGAGUUAACAAAUCAGAUUAAUGCGUUGAUGGAAGACUUCAAGGCAACUUUAUAUUCUACUAUUUCAGGCGAAACUAAUCAAAAUUUUAUUUCAGAAAACUUGCAAAACGGUACAAGCAAUGGGGAUUUCAACAAUAAUAUCAAUAUUCAUAGUCGAGCUGCAGAGACUCGGAAAGAUACCAUGCUGGUAGAUGACAUACGAACAGACUUGAAAACUAUGGAACAGGAAAAAGAAUACUUGUUGAAAAAGGUUGAAAAAGCUGAAGAGAAGUUGCGUAAUGUACCAAAUCUUCAAAAAAUUCUUGAUUUAGCCACCAGUAUCAGACUUGAAAAUCGUCGUCGAGACAUACUGACGCUUCAAAUACAAGAGCAGACUAAUGUGACCAAUCACUGCACUAUGAAGUUGCAAAGAUUACAUACUGUAUUAGACGAACUGAAAGGCGCUGGAGCUGAAAACGCAGAUCCGAAUGUUGUACUCAAACAACUGGAGGAAGAAUUGCAAACGAGUCGAUAUAUUAUAGAAGAGAAACUUCCAAAAGAAAUAGAAGCUAAGCGCGCCAUAGUAAUCGAGCUGUCCAAAAUUGCUGAUAUACCGGCGCUGAGUGAGAAUGACAUUGCAAAUAUUCAGAGGAAGAUUCAAGCGGUUAAUGAAGAAAUGCUAACCUUAAUGAACGAGAAAGACGCUGAAGACAAAAACACAAACGAGCUUUCCGUAUAUCGUCAUCAAGAAAUUGCUAUAAAAAGAAAAAAGGCAGGCUUAGUUGAAAAGCUACAAAAGAAUCGGUAAGU